UCAGAGCCAGGGAGAUGGCUGGGGCGAGCGGCCGGGGGGACCCGCUGGCGUUGGAGGAGCCUCCCCUGCCCAGGCCCUCCCAGCCGGAGAGCCGCUUGGGCGACCAGGACGGGCUCGCGCAGAUCCACUUUAAAAUUUUGAGAGGGCACUGUGAUACUGUGAGUUCCUGCCAUUUCUGCUUUGAAGAUACAAAAAUUCUUUCUUGCUCUUAUGACAGAACAAUGAAACUCUGGGAUGUUAAAAAAGGUGUUCCUGUUCAAGUCUUUGAAGAAAAACACACAGCUCCCAUUUCUGAGUGCAGCUUGACUCCUGAUAACAAAAGAGUGAUAACAUCAUCAUAUGAUAAAACAGUAAAGACUUGGGAUAUGGAAACAGGAAAAAUGCUUUGGACUGUAGACCAAGAAGGCCUUGUAACUUCAUGUAAUAUUUCAUGUGAUGGUAAAUAUGUGGUAUCUGGCUUGGACGUGGAAAAUGCUAUAUGUGUUACUGAUGCAGUAAAUGCCACAAUGGUGGCAUAUGUCCAAGGUCAUCACAGAAGCACAAUCACAAGAUGUUGUUUUGACCCUGAUAAUGAGAGAGUCUCUUCAGUAUCAUCUGAUAAGACCAUAAAGCUUUGGGACAUUAUAGCACAAUCCACCACUAUCACAAUUGAUGAGGCACACACCAAUGUCAUCUCAGACUGCUGCUUUUCCAUAGAUGGUCAUUACUUGUGCACUGCAUCUUGGGACAAAACCUUAAAAAUAUGGGAUAUAAAAACAGGGGAGUUUCGUUAUCAUGGACCUAUUUGCUUGAACCAAGGUCAUGAAGGUUCUGUUAGUUCCUGUGUUUUUAGCAAAGAUGCAUCUCUUGUAGUGUCUGGAGCAUAUGACAAAACUAUAGCUCUGUGGGAUGCAGGAGCAGGAUAUAAAAAGCUAGCGUUAAAGGGCCAUGGAGACUGGGUGAUGGAUGUUGCAAUUAGCAACAACAAGAAAUGGAUCCUUUCUUCCUCAAAGGAUGCUACUUUGAGAUUAUGGAACAUUGAAAAGGCUGAUCAUGUUCCUGCGGCAAUAGAAAGCAGAAAUACAAGAGGCUCAAAAAUAGCUCAAUGUGAAGAAUGUGAAAAACCUUUCUCACUCCUACAGUGUGAUGACUCUGAAGUGGUCACCAAGUGUGUAUUCUGUCGACUGGCUUCUCCUUCGAGAAAUAUUUUGCCAUUACCACCUAUUGUAGCGCCUGAUCUCUAAAUUCUUCCCAACAGACUAUUUGUGCAAAUACAUUUGAGUUUUUAAGCAUAUGCCUAUACAUAAUUGUGAUUAUCAGUAUAUUAUAUUGCAUGUACAUACAGAGGCAAGGACUUCCUCCAUACUUCUGUGCCAUACAGUGACAUCUAUGUUAAAAAGAAUCUGCUGAUUCAUUGUACACAUGUGCAAUAUACAUACUGAGUUUCACAGUGUAACAGAUGACCGGAUCAAGUCCUAAGAUUUUAAAUCUAUUCAUAUUGUACAAGAAACUAAAAUUACAUCCAUCCCGUUUAAAUGCGCACACUUAAUAAAGGUUGUUGUAACAAAGAAAAUAUGUGACUAUGUAAUUUGCUGACAGUUGUCCUUAAAUUGUGUAAAAUAAAGCCACCUUCUUCUACUCUGGAGUGGAGUAUAUUGGAAAUAUGAAAAACAUUUGCAUCAAUUGAAAAUGCUAAAGGGUUUUGAAAUUUGAAUGUGGAGAGGGCAUUUGGACCAUGAAGUUUGUAUUAUCUUGCUUCUAACAUCCCCCUACAAAAUGUUUCUUGGAACUUUCAAUCACAGAAAUAUAUUAUUAUUUGUGUUUGACAUGAUAUAUGGCAAACUAGUCCUGUAUAUUCAAGACCCAAUCCUGCAAGGUGCUGUGCACUCUCAAUUCCAGCACCGCUCAAGAUUGGUCCCUAAAAGUCUAUACCUCUUCACUAGCUAUGUGAGGAUGUCAAUUAAUGUGAGACUAGUGUUUCAAGAUGUGGGGGCCUCAUUCAUCAAAAACAUGUUUCAGCAGAUUAUAUUAUUUUAAAAGGGAUUUAUAAGGAGAAAAAUAUAUUGUACCAGUCUGGAAUGUAGUUAAGCUAUAAAAUAAAUCAAAAUCUAUUGUCUUUCUUUUUUAAGCCAUGUGAAUUGUGUAGCCUUGGUAGCUACAGUUGCACUUGACUCCAAGGUGAAAAGAAAAUGAUUUUUUUAAGAUAUAGUAUGUUUUACUGCUUUGAAUAAAACAUGAGGUCAAGUUGUAACAUAUCCUAAGACACUGUUCUCUUUAUUAAAUAUUGUUGGUUUACAGUAAAAAGUUGAAAAAAAUGCAGUUUGUAUGGUGCUGGAAUUAUUUUUGCAGAAUACAUAAAAUGUGCCUGUCUUACUGUUGGAGUAAUUACCCUUAAAUAUGA